AUGCUGUUAGCAUUGGGUGUAUUCCUGCUAGUAUUCGUGGCUGUGCUGCUGCUUAUGGCCUUUGUAGCCAUUACGUGGGACCACGAUAUCGCGCAGAAAUAUGCGGCUCUCCCUGCCCCCGCCGAUCUCGGGACUCGGGAGUUUCGCUGGCGCUGUUGGUUGUCGCCGCUCACGCGCCGCAACUGGCGGACCUCCAUACUGCGCAGCCCGUGCCCGCGCAUCACGCUACAGUGCCCGUUUGCACUACUGUCUGCCGAUUUCGCCAAGCUAGCGACAUCUCUGAGUCUGCCCAAGCUGUCGCUGGAGCAGUUACCCUUCUUGUUCCCCCAGAUCGCCAUAGGCAGUCUCUUUCUGCAGCUGUUUGGCAACUCCCACUUCCCUGCCAGCGUGCGCUGCAUGCGUCUCAAGGCACUCACUGUUGUGCAUCUGCGACCGCUAGAUAUGAGCUUUCCUUCGCAGGAUGGGGUAACGCCGGUUGCUCCUGAGCUUAAGUGCAUUAUGGUUCUAACAGAAAAGCGGUUUCUUGAAGACGAGAUUGAGUUUAUUGUGCAGACAGACUUACUCGACGAGCUAGGCACCGUCUGGCAAUCAGUUACGUCGUUCUCCAUACCUUUUAAUCAGGAAACGCUGCUUGUACCGCUAUCCGUAUCUUCAUCGACGCUCGAUCUGAGUCUAGUAGUCCGUGCUAAGUCAAAGCAUCAAGCGAACUCCUUUGGAUGCUCGAAGCGAAAUCUCAGAGAGUUUGAGGAGGUCAGCGUAGUAGGCGUAGUGCAGACACCAACCAGUUCAAAAGACACGAUGCCGUUGAUGUGGAUGAUGGGACGUGCGACAGGUGUGCUGCAACAGCAAGGCCGCGUGCCGCAGCUGCCAAUGAUGUGCAAUUGCAUUUUCGGAGAGAAGAUCGUCUCUGUACCGUUGCAAAAGAAGAUUGAGUUGCAUUCUUGGAUAAGUGAGGAGGAUAUUCAACCACAAAAACAAGUUACUAAGUUCACUGCUGACGUUGAUGGCGAGAAUGUUGUGACAGGCAUCCUACGCACCGUUGGAUGGGUAUUUCCCGGACAGGACGAAAUGCCCAAGCAAUAG